UCGUCUAUUCGUUCGUAUAUAUGAAUAAGAUACAAGUAGCUUCGGAUCUCCUCUCGAAGAAGAGUCUGGCGCAUCCGCACAUCACGUCCGAUCAAAAUUAAGAUACACCGACGAAGUUCAGAAGAACAACACUGACGAAGCUGAAAGUGAAUUUUAAGAGCCAGUAACUGUCGGGUCGCGCGCGAGUAUCUAUUAUAACCUCCAAAAAAAGAAGAUAAAAGGAGCAGUGCAAAAAAAUAAAUUACAGGACUCGAAGAGAGGAGAUACUUAAUAUACAUUUUUUUUUGCAAUAGACGUGUACGUGUAAAGGCUACGUGCAGUAUUAUAAAACCCAGUGGUUCGCGCGCGCGCGCGCGUGUGUGUUUGUGUUGAUAAUAUAAAAAAUAAAUCGUGUAUGUGCGUCAAAUCCUCCCCCCUUCGGUGAAGAGACACAGCGGAUCCUCGUUUAUAAUUUCUUUUACCCAAUAUUUGUAAUCGUUGUAAUCCUCGUACGUGUAUAAGCUAACGUCGUCGUCCUCGACGGAGAGUGUGUGUGCGCGUUGUUGUGCCGUGCUUUUCGGUGGUGUGUGCGCGUUUUAUUUCGCCAGCCCUUCGCUCCGUGUUGUUAUUCGUGUAUGUUUUGGUUUCUUAUCAUUUGAUUGAACUAUUUGUCGUCCCAACUGCUGAGAUUGACCCUCGGAAAGCGUCCUCGACGUCGUCGCUCUAGCCGAGAAGUAGAUGAAGGAUUUAGUAUGUCCCGAAAUAAUAAAGAAAAGUAUGAAAGCUCCAACCCACGUCGUACACAUACAAUCAUGUCUGUGGAUGACGUUAACGCUGGGAAGAAAUCUUAUUGGCCGGAACUGGAGAUAACAGGAGGUGUAAGGAACUUGAGCCUCAAUUUGUGGCAGCUGAACCAUCUCACAGCGCUUUACCUCAAUGACAAUAAUCUUCAGAGGAUACCUGCUGAGGUAGGCCAGAUGGCCAAUUUGCGAGUCCUUGAUCUCAGUAGUAAUAAGCUACGGAGUCUUCCAGCAGAAUUAGGAGACCUGAUUCAGCUAAGGGAAUUAUUAUUAAACCAAAACUACCUUAGAGUUCUUCCCUAUGAAUUAGGAAAGUUAUUCCAAUUGCAAGUUUUGGGACUGCAUGGGAAUCCCUUAGGUAAGGAUGUUAUGCAGAUUUAUGGAGAACCACAGGGGAUCAGCAAGCUGUUGCAAUUUAUGCUGGACAACUUACAAGAGUAUUUCUCAAACCGUGAUGGCAGGCUAUCUCAAAUUCGGGCUACGUUGAGUGUGCCCCUCGGUAGGAAAAAUAGGGUUCGCACCUGGUGCGCAUCCAACCUGCAGGGCAAGCACAACUCGGGCCCUGCUUCGCAGGUCCCUCAGGCCUGGUGUUUGCCCUGGAGACAUGCGCCACCAGGUACGAAAACUACUACUCCAAGUUAUUGUUGA